UUCACACCAUAUAUAGAGAGAGAGGGAGAGAGGGAGAGAGGGAGAGAGGGAGAGAGAGAUGGAAGAUAUAUGUAUGGCAUCCACAGCAUUUUAUGAAAAAGGUGGAACUGAGCUAACGGUGUUAGCUAAAUUCACGUUCGAGGGCGUAGAUAAGGAUGGAAAUGGCAAGAUAAGUAGAAGAGAAUUUAAGAGGUACCUAAGUAAUAACGGCUACAAUUAUAAUAAAAAAUUAUUCAAAAAAAUUGAUACGGAUGGAAACAAGUCUCUAGAUUUUGAGGAAUUCAAGGUCUUCUUCUACCUCACUAGAAAGGAAGCGUUGAAGAGUUGGAUCUACAAGGAUGGCAAUUGCGACAGGCUCAAUAAAUUUAUAGAAAAGUUGGCAAAUGUGUCGUCUAUUGGAUCAAUCGCUACAGGCUGUAGUGUUAUGUGAUGUUCUGAUGUUAAUGAACACAUCAAAUGAAGAUCUCCAGCCUGAAGAUUGGGUUUAGAGGCAUUUUGAUGUAGAAUUGGAAAUGGUUCUUUAUGCUAUUUAGGGGUUGGCUUGUGUUGUGUUGGUACUUAGUAGCUGGUGUUUGGUUCCUAUUUUGCUCUGGCUCUUGAAUCUCUGUUUCUCAUCUGUUUUACUAGUAAUAUGUUUCAACUUCUUGGUUAAUUUCUUCUUGUAAUAAUAUUGCAUAGUUGCUUCCAAUAUUUUGCUCUCUUUUGUCAUUGUGUUCUA